AUGCACAGCCUCACGAGUGCCGGUUUCUCGGUUCCAGAUCUACCAGGUAUACGACACGUGGUCGAUGACUUUCUCUUGUGGCUGGUGCUGCAUCGAGUAAUCUUUAACUUUCGUAACUCAGACAAACGAUCCUUGAUCGCCCGAUUCGACGAGGCAGCAUACAUGUCCGUGUCGUCGGAGAAUCAGGACCGCAGAACCUUUAAAACACUUACACAACAACGGGCGACCGAAAACUGCGGCCCUCCAUGA